AUGGGUUUCGUCUAUCACAAGCUAGACCAAUCUACCGAGAGCUUACAAUUCUUCAGAAAAGCUCUGAUUGGCGAAGAGAACGUCCUUGGGCCUGCACAUGUGAAUACAUUGUCCUCAGCUCUCUGGACUGGCCUUGCCUAUAUCACUCUCAACCAGCAGGCAAAUCCCUUGGAGCUCUUCACAAAGGCACUGACAGGGCUAGAGAAGGCAAUGGCACCCGAUAAUGAGGAAAUUCGCAAUUCUCAAACCUUUGUUUAG